UCUGGAACGACAGCGGGCUCCGAGUCAUCUGGCACGACAGCGAGCACCGAGUCAUCUGGCAAGACAGCGGGCUCCGAGUCAUCUGGCAAGACAGCGGGCACUGGGUCACCAAGCUCGACAGCGGGCACCGGGUCAUCUGGCUCGACAGCGGGCAUCGGAUCAUCAGGCAUCAGCAGCAGGCACCGAGUCAACUGGCACGACAGCGGGCACCGAGUCAUCUGGCAGGACAGCGGGCAACAUGUCAUCUGGCAGGACAGCGGGCACCGGGUCAUCUGGCAAGACAGCGGGCACCGAGUCAUCUGGCAUGAU